UUUACUUAGGAUAGACGCUCGACUCCUCGCUCUGCAGAUUUCCCUUCUCCUGCGAGACUCAGCCUGGCGAGCACGAUUGCUUGGCGACUGGUUGGCGACUUUCCUUCGGGAGAGUUCGUGGCGAUCUCUUUAGACGGGUUACAGGGUCAUCGAUACACCGUGCAUCAACAAAUUUCCCUUCUCCUGCGAGACUCAGCCUGGCGAGCACGAUUGCUUGGCGACUGGUUGGCGACUUUGGUUCGGGAGAGUUCGUGGCGAUAUCUUUAGACGGGUUACAGGGUCAUCGAUACACCGUGCAUCAACAAAAUCUGUCACAUGGAGCAGAUUAACUCUAAACCGUGCCACGCAUACACGGGCGAGAACCCGUUCAAUUGCUCUGUGUGUGGGAAGGCAUUUGCACAGAAAUCAAAUCUUAACACUCACAAGAAAACACACACGGGCGAGAAGCCAUUCAAGUGCUCUGUGUGUGGGAAGGCAUUUGCACAGAAAUCAAAUCUUAACACUCACAAGAAAACACACACGGGCGAGAAGCCAUUCAAGUGCUCUGUGUGUGGGAAGGCAUUUGCACAGAAAUCAAAUCUUAACACUCGCAAGAAAAUACACACGGGUGAGAAGUCAUUCAAGUGCUCUGUGUGUGGGAAGGCAUUUGCACAGAAAUCAAAUCUUAACACUCACAAGAAAAUACACACGGGCGAGAAGCCAUUCAAGUGCUCUGUCUGUGGGAAGGCAUUUGCAUAGAAAUCAAAUCUUAACACUCACAAGAAAACACACACGGGCGAGAAGCCAUUCAAGUGCGCUGUGUGUGGGAAGGCAUUUGCGGAUAAAUCAGCUCUUAACAAAUACCAGAAAACACAAACGGGCGAGAAGCCGUUCAAUUGCUCUGUGUGUGGGAAGGCAUUUGCACAGGAAUCACAUCUUCAGAGUCACCAGAAAACACACACGGGUGAUAAGCCAUUCAGGUGCUAUGUGUGUGGGAAGGAAUUUUCACAGAAAUCACAUCUUCAGAGUCACCAGAAAACUCACACGGGCGAGAAGCCAUUCACUUGCUCUGCAUGUGGGAAGGCAUUUGCAUGGAAAUCAAAUCUUCACAGUCACCAGAAAACUCACACGGGAUGCCUGGAUGUAGUGGAGGUAAUGAGUCCAGGCAACAAUUCCUCUUUCGACCCCAUGCAGGUGGAUACUGAGAAAUGGCUUCUGGAGUGGCUGGAGGGUCAAAGUAUUGAGUACUUCUGUUAA